AUGGCUAACGUCAGGACGGGAAGUCUCUUCUCGUUCCCAAUGCAACCUUUAGCUUCAGGCAACUAUUUCACCACGUCUCUCGACGGAAAUGGAGGUCUUGAUGAUUUCUUAUUUCCUAAAAAAAUCGAUGGAUUAUUGCCAAAUACCACAAGAUAUAACGUGUUCGACUCUGAUGGUCAAGAUGAGGAUGAAGAAAGCAUAGAUUCCGAUGAAAAAGUCAAAAAAUUUGAACAGCAAAGAGAAAACUUAUUUAAUAAAUUCAAAUAUACAAAUAAAAAGAUUCAAACUAUUCAAAUACAGACAUCGAAGAAUAUAAUACAAGGAGAUCCAAAAGUUCACAUGAAUUCUGCAUAUACUGACCUCGUUAAACAAAUAAAUGAAUUAUCAUCACAACCAGAUACAGAAUUAAACAAAUCGAAUUUCAGCUUUUCAUCAGACUCUCAUAUGACGACCACAUCUGGCAAUGGAAAUAUACGUUCAAAGCGAAAAUCUAAACCAAUUAUUAUCGAUAAAGAAGUUGAUUUGCAAAUUAACACUUCGUGGAUACAAGCUGCAUCAAUAGAAGCAGAUGAAGAAUACUUAUCAUGGCUUAAAGAUCUUCCUGAUACCUCAAGUCAAGGAAAAUCCGGAAAAUCUGCUCUCAAGCCAUCAGAUUCAAAAGACAUAUUACUUAGAUUAGAUCCAUUAGAAGAAGCUAGAGCUAGUGCAUUUGAAAAACAGAAGAGUUUUGUUGAACCAGAAGAAACUACUCCUUCAAUCCUAGAAGAAAAACCGCACACAGACGAGAAAAUAUCUACUCCACAAAAGUCACCACAGAGAUUACCUUUGCAAAGAAUUCCAACUGCCGCUGAAUUAAAUCAAGAUUGGGGAUUCGAAGACAAGCAAAUUUGCGCAUCAAUACGCAAAUUCAUGCAAGGUAUGCAAGGCGGAGCGGGUGAGAGGAAAAGGAAUAAAUAA